AUGCGCGGCAAUUCGAUGCCAGAAAGCGCGGCUGCAACAACCUCGUCGGGGUCAAGAGCCGACCAGUUACUUGGUCUUCCAGCCAAUGGUUCUCAACAUGAGCCAACGGCGUCCGCCAUCUCAGGUUCCGUCAUGACGCCGGUUGCAGAAUCCCCUCCAACCAGCCCAGGCGAUAACAAUAUCCGAGAAGGCUUGGGAAGCUUGAAUCGUUGGUCCCAAUCCACGGCAUCAAGCAAGGUUUCAACUGACCAUAUUGGUCACUACACGGGAAACCAUUCCAGGGUGCUUAGCACUACUGAUCGCGACCAUACCGAAGGGGCACAACCAAGCGCGAACAUGGGGCUCUCAAGUAUCCCGCCUCGUGCUAUCAACGCACCGAUAGACGGUGAAGUCUACCACGGAUCUAUUCUAGAUCAAGGCCCAACUGAUUUUUUAAAUCCGGCCACAUCAAUACUUCGAGGAAUUGAUACAUCGCCAACUUUUUCAGCCGGUCUUGUAGGCGCAAACCCUGCGGACGUUGAUGUCUCGUCCGAGCCGACGAUGAUCCCGAAUUUAUUCCAGAACCCGUGGUCUAUGAACGGCGGAGAAACGAAAAAUUUCCAGCAAAUGCCUCCCCCAAACGCUAUCCAGCGCCUGCAAGAUAACGAACUUCCCAUUGACGAUGAUUCACACCUGUCUACUGAACGACGACGAGGUCAUUCCCAGAAGGCGAUGCUUUCAAAAGCACUACAGAAAGCGAAUACUGCCGUUCUUCUAGAUAAUGCGGCUAAUUUUGAAGGUGCCAUGGAAGCCUACAGUGAUGCCUGCCAACUUUUGCAGCUGGUGAUGGUUCGGAGUAAUGGGGGCAAAGAUGAAAAGCUCAAACUUCAAGAGAUUCGCGACACGUAUAUGAUUCGUGUCACCGAACUGCAACGCAUGGAUCUUUCUUUUCGAGAACCCGAAAGCAAAGCACUUCCCGAACGCCCACUUAGCCAAGAGUCUUACGGGGGUCUUUCUCAGUCAGUAGAGGAGGACGAGGCCGGGGUGUUACCUAGGGAUCAUGCUCGACCUUCACAUCGUUUCUCUGGUCCUCGUCUCUCAUUGACGGAGGAAUCAAGGCCAAUGGUUCUCGACCAAAUUCCACCAAGACGCCAGUCGCUUUUGCCUUCCGUGCUGGAUGACCCACGGAAUAUAGACGCAUUAGCGGCUCUUGAUAGGCACACCGAUGGGUCCCAUUUCGAGUCGUUCCCCAGAGCGUCGGGACUGGAACAUUCAGAAAUGGCAGCUUCAUCUGCCGCAGAAGACAUUGCAGAAAUGUUCAGCCCGCAUCAAGCUUUCAUUGACAAUUCACAAUACUCCGAUCUAUCAGCGGCCAACACACACGGUAGGGAUAUUUACGAGUCAACCUCUUGGCUUGAUACUAUCGAUGAAUCCGGCGCAUCCUCUCCUGCUUCAAUGGGAUCCAAAGCAUCGUCGGUAUAUCUUCGCCAUAGGGGAAGUCGCCUGUUCUGCCACACUACAGAGGCUGAAUUUGAUGCGGCUCUUGAUGCCGCUGUCGAGGCCGCCUACGAUGAAGGCCUAGAGCCCGCAAUAGAAUCAAGUGGCAAACACCACGGUGAUGAUAUUGUGGCAAAUGCCCGCAGAAAUGUCGAGUUGGCAAAACAAAAAGUCCGAGAAGCCGAACGAGAGGCUGAGGUGGCAAUGACGCGUGGCCGAGAUGCAUAUUUGGAACAAACGCCAAUUGAUCAAUCUCUGGGCAAUGACUCAAGCUACCUUGAUGAAGAAGCCGAAGAAGAGGAGCGGCUAUUGGAAGAGAUGACUAGAGAAUAUGUGAUGGAUGAAUUUGAAUUUGAUCUUCAAUCUAAGCCUGCUCUUCCUCGGCAGUCAGAUUCGAGCAACUUGUCUGGAAGAACUUGGGAUAGCUCAGCGACAUCUCACGCGACAAUGGCUGGCGCAGCCUUGUCUCCGCUUGCAGAGGAUACCCUUCCCGAAGACCAAAAUCUACAGCCGAGCAGAACCAAAUCAAACUCUUCAACUAAUGCUUCCCCCACCUUUACCAAACCAGCUCUUCCUCCGGCACUGGGCCCAAGUGUACGAGAACGAAGAAUGUCGCGCCAGAAAACCGCUGAACUGAAAAUUGAAACUCGGCUCAAAAGUAGCUCUGACCUAUCUGGACAGAGCAAACCUUCGGCGCCGCCCAAUUUUCGCCCACCGUCUCCCCCGCUUAAAGAUGAACCCAAGACUGGGUUUCCUAUGAACAUAGCCAAAUCUGUCGACCGUCCCACCUCAAAGUCUGCAGUACAUUCGAGCAAGCGAAAUGCAUCUGUGAGUUCCUUCAUUGGAGAGAUCCCCGCAAAGGCAAGCCUCGGCCGGGUUGCAGAUGACGAGGAUUCUACGGAGCCUGCGGUGCGCCCAAUUGGGAAAAUUCCAUCGGCACCGGAUAAUUUGGACAAGCCUCACUUGGGACCGAAAAUGUUUCGAGCUAGAAAUGUAUCGGUUGCGGGUCUUGAUUCGACUUAUGAAUCGCCAGGCACACCAUCAAACAAUGCCUUCCCAUCUCUUGAUUAUCAGAAGGGAACGGCCGUCACUGCAGCGUCAGUUCUACCUACGCCCACCGGGGCGAGUUUUGCUCCCAACGGUCUUCCUAGUGGUGGACUGUACCUAUUUGAUAAUCACAUCCAUUCACCCACCAGCCUUGGCUCCCCCAACUUGAUGGCUACUAAUGCGCCUUUGCCCCUGGAGCCAUGCCCAGAAUCCUUUCUCCUGCGCCCCUUCUGGCUUAUGCGGUGUAUCUUCCAAACGAUAACCCACCCUCGUGGUGGGUAUCUGACGACGAAGUUGUUCGUCCCUCGCGAUGUAUGGAGAGUAAAGAAUGUGAAAAUCAAGGCGGUCGAAGAAAAAGUCUCAAACUGUGAUCUAUUGACAGCAGCACUACUUAAACUAGCCAAGGUGGAUACUUAUGAUGCCGAUGCCGUACUAGAGGAGAUGCAGUCCCUGGAAAGUAUUCUCGACCAGGUGCAAAUAUCCCUGUCUAAAAAGGUCGGCAGCGAGGUUGGUGUCCAAGGUGCCAUGCCACUUUUCAAAUCAUCUCAAUCUACAGAGGACCCCACACACAUCGACACUGUACCUCCAAAGUCCUCAACUGGAGCAGGAAAGUCGUAUUUGAGCUCCUGGCGCAAAUUACGGUCGAAAAACUCCGGGUUUGGUGCUACAACAUCAACAUCGGUCUCCAAUUCCAAGGAUGGCAGCAAAGACAACCUCACAAUAAGCUCACUUCCUAUGACUCUGAUGCCCAACUCUCAGCUCGUCAAGCAUAAUGUAACUCAGCACCAAUUCAGUGGACCCAACGCGAAUUACAUGGGCGCUUUGGCUCGACUUUGUGACGCAGCUCAAGUGUUAGAUCAAAUUGCGCAGCAAGUUGAAGAUCCAGGUCUCAAGCACUCCUCCCAGACCCUUGUUGGUCUCGAACUGAGCACGCGUCAUGCUGCGGAAUUUUUUGGAUUUUAUAUAUGUCGUUUUGCUUUGAAUGACAUCGGCGUGAUGCUUGACAAGUUCAUAAAACGGGGUAGUGAAUGGGUCUUAAUAUAG